AGCGUUUUUGUUGCUGUGGUUUUGAACAGCUGGAGGACCUCGUCAUUUUCGAUAAUAUUCGAGAAUUUAGCGUGACGGGGAGGUGAAACAGCAGCCGGUAUGCUUCAGCACUGUCUGUCUUUAUUGAAAGUGGUGCUAUUUCUUGGACCUUUUGUACAUGUGUUAUAUUCAACUGUCUGAAUUACUUCUCUGACAACAACUUGUAAAUUUGCCUAAAUUAUAAACUAGCAUGACCCUAGUCAUGCAAGAGGACCAAGGAGGUUGGGGAGAUUCUCCUCAAGAUAAUAAUCCCAUUCAGUUACCCCAGACUACUACAGAAUCCAAUUCCAAUCCACCACCAGAUGAAAAUGAAUCGAAUAAAGAGCAAGACGCAGACAACCAAAAACAGCUUGAAGGUCAAGAACCAGAUUUUCCCCAUGCUGAGUUAGCUAGACUGGAUGAGAUGAUAAACAGGCCUCGGUGGGUUGUUCCUGUGUUACCAAAAGGAGAAUUAGAAAUACUUUUAGAUGCUUCAAUUGACCUUUGUAAAAAAGGUUUAGAUACAAGGAGUGAAUCAUGUCAGAGAUUUUUCAGAGAUGGUCUUACAGUAUCUUUCACAAAAAUACUAACAGAUGAAGCAAUGAGUGGAUGGAAAUUUGAGAUUCACAGGUGCAUAAUGAAGAACACAGAGAGACUGAUAGAACUUUGUGUCACCAAGCUCAACCAAGACUGGUUUCCACUUUUGGACAUGUUAGCUGUAGCUCUCAGUCCAAACAGCAAGUUCCACACAUUUAAUGCCACCAGAUCAUCAGAGUCAGUUCCUCCUGGGUCAUUACUACCGGAUACAGAGCUAUAUGCUCGGCCUCCAGAUGUACGAACUCCAAGGGUAAGUCCAUCCUGA